AUCAAUGAAAAUCAAAUCAUGACAAAAGUUGACGACGACAAAGACCAUGUGGGCGUCACCUUUGCCCUUACCUUUGCCUGGGCGCAUCCCUCGUCUUCUUUCCUUCCUUGGUCAAGUUUGCUUCGCACCGUACGUAGGCUUCCGCUUUGGGGCUGGCGGCGGGUGUGAUGAUGUAUGUUUCGCUCGUCGAAAUCUUCGGUGAAGCCGAAGCUCAUUUCAAUGAAGCUCGAUUCUCCACCGCCAAAGCCUAUCUGUACACGACCCUUUCCUUUUUCGCUGGUGUUUUGAUUAUGGUGCUCAACACGGUCUUGGCCAUUGGCAUUCACAACUUUCCCGAGGGACUCGCCACGUUUGUUGCCACAUUGAGCGAUCCAAGCGUUGGGGCCGUCCUGGCGAUUGCCAUUGCUCUCCACAACAUCCCUGAAGGAUUGUGUGUCGCCAUGCCAGUCUACCACGCCACGGGGCAUCGCUGGAAGGCCUUCUCGUGGGCCUUGCUUUCCGGAAUGGCUGAACCUUUUGCUGCCCUCCUGGGUUGGGCCAGUUUGGCUGAUCACUUCUCGCAUUCCGUUUAUGGUGUCAUGUUUUCCUUCGUUGCAGGAAUGAUGGUCGUAAGUGCUGUACGCGAACUGAUCCCAACUGCGCAUCACUACGAUCCUACGGAUACUGUCGUGACAUAUUCUUUUAUGGUCAGAACGGCCGUUAUGGCACUCUCGCCUGUCCUCUUUAUUAUAUAAAAAACGAGAUGUCUUUUUUAUCAAAUAUGUCGAAAGCGUGCGUGCCACAAAUUAGUCCUACGAUCUGUAGACCGAAUAACUUUCGUAUUCCCAUAAAAAAAGAUAAGUCUAUACAAAGACAUGG